AUGUCUCUACUCACGCGCCCCCCACCCCCCUCAACCACUAACUUGCUCCACCGCCCCAACACCUUCACCGUACACUUCCCAACAGAAGCGACCCUACACUUCACCCUUCCCCUCCCCUCCUCCGCCCUUUCCUCCCUCCGCACCCCCGAACUAAUCCACCUGCGUACCUACCUAACCUCCCUCCUCUCCUCCCACACCCUAACCUCCAACCCCGCCCUCCUCUCCCACAUCCUCUCCCUCCGCCGCACAAUCUCCCUGCGCCUAUCUCGUGUGCAGCAACUCAGCGCCGUAGAGCAAAAAGCAUGGUACUCGGGCCACGGGUUCCCCAUUUUCGACUCCGAGAACAAAGCCACAGGGUUCAAGUGGCACUGGGAAGCGCUAGAGUUCGAAUACGGCGUGCACAGCGUGGCGUGGGUUGUACGGUGGCUAUUCGCGUUCCAGCGCAAGGAUGCGACGAUAAGGUAUGCGCUUCGUCAGUCCUACCGGUUUACUGAGAACGAAGUGAGGUGUAAGAAGAUGAAGGUGGAGGAGGGGCAUGAGGUUGUGGAGUGGAGCUGCAACGGGGAGAAAGUGUGUGUCUGGGUUUACGGGGCGUGUUUCCGCAAUAUGGAGGAGUGGGAGGUUGUCAAGAUGGAGCUGGAGGGGUAUGAAGUGCAGAUGCUGAAGGAAGGGGUGGCUAAGAUACGGAAUACGGUACGGGGAGGAUGGGAGUUUGUGCUGUAUGUUGAGGGGGAGGAGGCCGGGGUUGAGGAGUUGUUUCCGGGGGAGAGAACGGCGUCUGAGGGGUUUUCGAGCGGAAGCCAGGACGAGGAUGCGGAGUCAUUUGAUGGAUACUGCUAUGGCGACGACGUGGGGAGGAUGGUUGCUCUGGCAUCGGGACUUGGGUCGCUGGCACUGUCUUCCCGCGCCUCCACUGCCUGCGGCGGUGACGAAGCCGUUGAACGGGCACCAACGGUACCUCCUCGCGUUGGAGAUUUGCUGCAGCAGGCGGAAACGCUGGUCAGCGCGAUUAGGGGUAUCAAUUCGCAAUUCUCAUCUUCCGAGGAACAGCCAUCGUCGUCUGCUCAGCACAGCGAGAUCCCACCCGCUUUGCAAACACAGCCACUCCCACCCCAGUACGCAGCAUCGACUAUCAGACUCCCACGCCGUACAGCUGCAAGACGGCCAACGAAGCUGCACCGAUACCAGGCUUAUGCCGAAGAUGCUGAUACUGAAGGCUCGAUUAGUGCUUUGCCGAGCUCGUGGCGCGAUAUUUGA